GUAUACCUGGUGCGCGCGCGCGCGCGGCCGCCCGCCGCCCGCCGCCGCCUCGCGCUCAGUCCCGCUUCAGAUGGCGAGAGGUACGGCCGGCCGCAUUCAGCGUACGCUCCGCACUCCGAGUCCGCAAGUCGAGCGAGCCGAGUAGUGCUCCCGCGAGUGAACCCCGACCCCUGAACAGCCGACGCCGAGGGCGAGCGCUCGGUGCCGCGACGCCGCCCUUGCCAUGCGCCGGCCCUGAGCCGCCAGCGCGACUCAUCAUGCCACGCGUGAAGCCAGCCUGCGUCCGACGCGUCUCCAUCGGUGAAAGUUCCGGAUCCUGUUCUGAAGAAGAUAUUAGCCAUGUUUUGCCCGAGGAAGCAAGAGGUAGACCAGAGACUCAUAUGUGUCCACGAUGUCAAGAGCAAUUUGAAAAUCUACAUGAUUUUUUGUAUCAUAAGCGAGUAUGCGACGAAAAAGCCAUACAAAUGGGAGAAGAAAGAAUGCACUCUGAUCCUGAGGAUAUGGUUGUUUCGGGAGACGAAGAAAUGGAUGGACCCAAUAAAAGAUUAGAACAAGUGAGAAGGCAUCGACAAGAUGCAGAAAACAAUAAUAGCCUCGAUGAUGGGGAGGCUGAAGUACCUGAAGCUGACGUGCCUCCAGUGGGUCUUCCCUUUCCAGUAGCGGGUCACGUAACCUUAGAAGCUUUACAAAACACAAAAGUUGCCGUGGCACAAUUCGCUGCAACCGCGAUGGCGAACAAUGCCAAUAACGAAGCCGCUUUACAUGAAUUAGCAGUGUUACAAAGCACUUUAUUCACAUUACAGCAUCAACAAGUAUUUCAACUUCAAUUAAUACGUCAACUGCAAAAUCAAUUGUCAUUAACACGACGAAAAGACGAUCAACAUGAAAGUCCGCCUCCGUGUGAAUCAGAAUCAAAUGCGCCUUCAAUACCGGCUCGAUCACCGUCGCCGCCACGUCCGCCACGGGAGCCCUCUCCUGCCGAACCUGUUCCUCCAACUAGCCAAAACUUGCCUUCAACUCAUACACAUCUUACGCCUAAAACAGAGCCAUUAUCAAUUCCAAAACUUCCGACUUCAUCACCACCUAUGAUGUCGCAUCCACCUUAUAGUUCUAUAUCUUCCUCACUAGCGUCUUCAAUAAUAACAAAUAACGAUCCUCCACCAUCCCUCAAUGAACCAAAUACAUUAGAAAUGCUUCAAAAACGAGCUCAAGAAGUACUCGACAACGCGUCACAGGGUCUGCUAGCUAACAAUUUAGCUGAUGAACUGGCCUUUCGAAAAUCUGGUAAAAUGUCACCUUAUGAUGGCAAAACUGGUGGUCGUAAUGAACCUUUCUUUAAACAUCGGUGUCGGUACUGUGGGAAAGUUUUUGGCAGUGAUUCUGCACUUCAAAUUCAUAUUCGUUCUCACACAGGAGAAAGACCUUUUAAAUGCAAUGUAUGUGGUUCUCGAUUUACAACGAAAGGAAAUCUCAAAGUACAUUUUCAAAGGCACACUGCAAAAUUUCCUCAUGUCAAGAUGAAUCCUAAUCCUGUACCGGAGCAUUUGGAUAAGUAUCACCCACCACUCUUAGCGCAAUUAUCACCAGGGCCAAUUCCAGGGAUGCCUCCUCACCCAUUGCAGUUUCCUCCGGGUGCACCAGCUCCUUUUCCGCCAAACUUGCCGUUGUAUAGGCCACCACAUCACGACUUAUUGCCACCACGCCCAGUUAGUGAUAAGCCACUGCCACUACAUCCACUUUUUGGUAUGCGGGAAGAGCAAGACGUUCCAGCUGAUCUCAGUAAACCUUCUGUUCCAAGUCCUCCUCGUCCUUCAUCCGAAAUGUUUAAGUCUGAGCCACAAGAUGAAGAAAGUCAAAGAGAUUCUAGUUUUGAAGAAACUGAUCAGCAUAUAUCACCAAAGCGGGAACCAGAAGAAAACGAUGGAGGGCAAGAUGCUGAGCAAGACCGAUAUCCCUCGACAUCUCCCUAUGACGACUGCAGCAUGGACUCAUACAGCAAUGAAGACCAAACUGGCAGAGAAAGUCCACACGUCAAGCCUGAUCCAGAUCAACCGGAAAAUUUAUCAAGUAAGAAUUCAUCGAUAUCUGGACCAAUUUCAAUAGCAACGGGACUACGUACUUAUCCUUCAUAUCCAUUAUUUCCGCAUUCCCCACCAAGCAGUGUCUCAUCUGGCUGUCUUACACCUUUCCCAAGUAAUCCUACUAGUAUAACUGAGGGUGACAUAACUCGUGAUCCUAUAUUUUAUAACUCACUUUUACCUCGCCCUGGUAGUAAUGAUAAUUCUUGGGAGAGUUUAAUCGAAAUCACUAAAACUUCAGAAACGUCAAAAUUACAACAGUUAGUAGAUAAUAUUGAUAACAAAGUUACAGACCCCAAUGAAUGCAUUGUAUGUCACCGCGUUUUAUCGUGUAAAAGUGCGUUACAGAUGCACUAUCGUACUCAUACUGGUGAAAGACCUUUCCGAUGUAAACUAUGCGGUCGCGCCUUUACUACCAAAGGCAAUUUAAAAACUCACAUGGGUGUCCAUCGUAUAAAACCUCCCUCGCAAUUGUUACAUCAAUGUCCUGUAUGUCAUAAAAAAUUUGCAGAUCUAACAAUGUUACAACAGCAUAUUCGUCUGCACACUGGCGAGCGAUGCAUUACCGCUUAUGACCAAAACCAACUUAACGAUAUGAACAGUAGUCAGUCGUUCAACAAUGCACCCGAAAUUUCUGAAUUUAACUCUUAUCAAACCAUUCCUCCACCAAUCUUUCCUACCCCUUCCACUCCCGGCGACCGAAGGGCGGACUCCCGCGGAACCGACGAUGAGAGCGGCCGGGACGAGCGCGAGCCCGCUUCUGGGGAGUUCGACGACGACCCAGAUAUAAAAGAUCGUCGAACUUCGCCGCUCUCCGUCUGCGCCUCGGCGUCCGAAUGUGAAGUAAAAACCAUCACCACAACGGCUUCCCUCCCAUCGGCGACAGGUUCGGAGAGCGGGCGGAGCGCGCGAGCCUCGCCACCAUCGCCAUCACCAUCAGUGCUGUCGACCCCGCCACGGCUGCCACAACACUCGCCGCUGCCUUCACCACCAACGCCCCUAGCUGCGCUUGGUGCUCUUGGUGGAUCACCCUUCAGCCCACUAGGACUCGCUUUUCCUCCCGCAGUGAGGGGAAACACAACGUGUACCAUCUGCUACAAGACAUUCGCGUGCAAUUCUGCGUUGGAGAUACACUAUCGAAGCCACACCAAAGAACGACCUUUCAAGUGCACCGUAUGUGACAGAGGAUUCUCAACAAAGAGCAGUGGCGGCGGUUGCCGGUGCGGUAGGCGCACGCGCGCACCCCGCCCACCGCACGCCACUGCUUUGGACCUCUGGAACGCCUUCGUCUACCCGGGCAACAUGAAGCAGCAUAUGCUAACGCACAAGAUUCGCGACAUGCCUCCUGGUUUUGAUAAGAGCAUAAGUGGCUCGACAGGGCCACCCAGUGAAGAAGGUCGCGACCCUAGUCCAGAAAGACGUUCGUCGCCUGAGAAAAUGGAUCUAAAACGGUCGCCGCCCGCGCUUCCUCCACCACCAAUGACACACCCACCGCCUAUUGAUAUGCCUCCUUUACCCAAAAGACCAACAGUACCCGCCGCUCCAAGUCAUCCUCCGCCUUCACAGUCGUCUAAGCAUUUGUGCGGAGUGUGCCGAAAAAAUUUCUCUUCUUCGUCGGCCCUACAAAUUCAUAUGCGCACUCAUACUGGCGAUAAGCCUUUUAGAUGUGCAGUUUGCCAAAAAGCCUUCACCACAAAAGGCAACUUGAAGGUGCACAUGGGCACGCACAUGUGGAGCGGAGGCGCGUCGCGGCGCGGCCGGCGCAUGUCACUGGAGCUGCCGCCGCGGCCGCUGCACGAGCCGCACGACCUGCUGCGGCGCCCCGACCUCUUCUACCCUUACUUACCUGCACCUUUCCUCAAUGGCAUGCAACAAAAGCUUAAUGAAAUAUCAGUUAUACAGCAAAAUGCCGGACAAAAUGGAGUAGCCGGCAAAUUCCCGGGGUUGCUCGGUUUCGGAGCGUUCGGAGCCAGCAGACCGGGAGCGGCGUCCCCGCUCGAAAGGCCACCUUCACUCGAGGGCGGCGACGAAAGACAAGCGGCGAUGCGCGAGCUCGCAGAACGAGGUCGGGAACUGGCAGAGCGGAGUCGACAAAUACGUGAGGAAACCGAGAGAGAUCACUACAGAGCUACAGGCGCCCUUCAGACACACGCACCGAACCCGGCGCAGACGUCACCCCCAGCACCGCACCCGCACCCUCACCCGCUGGCGUCGCUCCCACCCCCAGCUCGCACAGAGGGUCUCACCGUUUAAAUCCGUCGGUACCAAAUUAGAGCAUCCGAACACAUUCCAUGAAACGGCGAUAAGGACUCGCUGGCGCGCCCGAUUACCAGCCGUUGUGGAAGUCGACAGUGAAAUUACAAUUUUAUAACAUUAUUGUUACAUGAUACGCUAAACAAUGAACGAUAUGAUAUCGAUACGAGCGUGGCACUCGUGUGCACGAUCGAUGACGUAAUGUUUUGUUUCGAGUGUAGCGCUGUGUACCGAUUUACGAUUACGCAUAGUAUUAUGUAGGUAAUAUAUAUGCCGUACGGGCCUGGGGCAAUUGGGGAUUCGUCGAGUCCCACUUUAUGUCAUUAAUUACUCUGUGAUAGUGCACGACACUAGGCUGCAUCCGAAGGACCUGAGAGUUUUUUUCGAAUAAGUCAGUAAGGAGCAUCACCUUCUUUCUGGGAUGCAACCUAAUGUGCUAUGACAUCUAAAAUUAUUAUAAAUUAUCCCAAAAAUUAAUUAAAUUCAUAAAUCUAUAUAUGUUUAACUGUAUAUAAAACUGUAUAAUAAUAAUGUAAUGAGCGAAUAGUUAAAAUUAUUAAUAGAAAUUU